GCGUAAUUUACUGCAAUUAGGGAAGUCUCUGCUCAUUGGCUGCAGAAUGUCACAUGACAGCAGAGCGAGCAGGCAGCCGAUGCAACAAAGUUGGUCUAAAAGUUGCUCCUGAGUUGCUGCACAGAGUGUUAUUAAACCCUGAGGCUCUUUUUUAGACAGAUCUUUUUUAAAAUGAGCAUCCCGGUGGUGGACUUCAGCGCCUUCAGCCUCAGUGAGCAAAAUGUUUCAGACGAGCAGCUGCAGAAGCUGAGCAGAGAACUGAAAACAGCUUUUACAGAAGUUGGCUUCGUUUUCCUGAAGAACACUGGGAUCAGGCAGGAGGAGGUGGACCGUGUUCUGGAGCUCUCCAAACUUUUCUUCCUGCAGCCUGAAGAAGAGAAACGACCGUUCAGCAGGAAAAGUUUCUCUGUCAAUGCGAACCACGGCUGGGUUUCCAUGGAGACGGAGAGGUUGAACCCUCGUCGACCAGGAGACCUGAAGGAGGCGUUCAAUGUCUCCUCGUUUCAUCCCGACAUCAAAUGGCCCUCAGGGCCCCUCAAAGACUUCCAGCAGACCCAGACGGGGUUCUUCCAGCACUGCCAGGAGCUGAGUCUGCGGGUGCUCCGGGUGAUGGCCCUCAGCCUGGGUCUGGACCCCGAGGUGUUCCUGGGGGCCCACCGCCUCAUCGGGACGGACCAGAACGGGACCACUCUGAGGACUCUCUACUACCCAGCAGUGAACCACGACUCGGUGAAGGACGGUCAGCUGAGAUGUGGAGAACAUUCAGACUACGGCAGCAUCACGCUGCUCUUCAGCUUCUCAGAAGGUCUGCAGGUUCGGCGGCGUUCCGGUGAGUUCGUGUCGGCGCCCGUCGUCCCCGGCGCCGUCCUCAUCAACGUGGCCGACCUGAUGCAGCGCUGGACCAGCGACCGCUUCGUCUCCGUGCUCCACAGGGUUUUGGUGCCCCCUGCUGGCGACAGCAGCACCCGACAGUCUCUGGCGUUCUUCGUUCAGCCGGACGACGAAGCUGUGAUCAGCUGCUGCGACGGAUCCAACAAAUACCCUCCAGUGACGGGAGGAGGGUACCUCAACGAGCGAUUCAACCAGUCCUACGGACAGAGCUGAGCCUCCAUCUUAAUAAUACACACCAGGACGCUUUUUAUCAGCUUUUACUUCUGUCAAAAUGAUCAUUUAGGUCUCACGCUGCUUUCACAUUAUGAUGAUUGUGUGAUUUAACCCUCAAGGCCUCUUUAAAAUUACCUUUCACUUUACACCUUAAGGUCCCGAAACGGUCCCUAAAUAAAUAAAUAAAUAAAUAAAUAUAAAAAAUGUUUUUCACUUUCACCACAUAGAUUUAUUAGGUAUUCAUGUGAAAAGCAUUAUAUUAUGUCAGGAUUACAGUGUAUCGAAAUUAUGUGUUUAUAAUGGGAGUCAAUGGGACCAAAACAGGCCUUCACCCUUUGGAGUUUGGGGCUGUUUUGUUGGUUUUUGACUCCUUUUCAUUCUGCCUGUAUAUAAACCAUUUAAACAUCUU